AUGGCUUCGAAAAGUACCUCGCAGACCUCCAAGACGGAUGGCUCUACCGAGGCGGCUGACCCGGUACUCGCCCUCUCGGCCCCGACCCCGGCCCCGUCUCCCCUGAACCCGUCCUUCCAGAAGCAAGGUACCUCGCCUCCUACGACAUCCUCCAAGCUCAUCCGACACAAAACUAACAAACGCGCAAAAGGCCACCAGUCCCUCGCCGCCCGCCGCGCCCACCGCCCCGAGGCCAUCACCAUCCCUCCCGCCUCCCCCUCGCCCUCCGAGCUCUCGACGAUCAAGCUCGAAGACCUCGCGAGCCUCUCCCGCGCCUCCUCCGAGCUCCCGCUCCGGGCCCAGGGACCCAACACGAAGUCGCCCCGCGUGCUCAUGAACACCAACACCUUCCGCUGGGUCAAGAUGAAGGACGGCGUCUGGGUCAAGGUGAAGCGCUACCGCUUCAUCAUCAUCCGCAAGUGA